GAGCCGCGGACUUUGCUCCCCAGUCUUGCCCUUUUUUCUAGGGUCGGGCCCUGUUCGGGGCCUUUUUGCGAGUCCGGGUUCCUGUUCUCUCCUUGCUCCGCCCAGCACGGCCGUGCCCUGCCUGGCGGAGUGCACCUUCCGGGCAGCUGUAAAGCGUGGAGCAUGGAAGGAGGCCAACCCAACUUGCCCAUUUCACAGAUUUGGAAACUCAGAUCCAGAGAUAGGAUUUAACUUGUUCAGGAUCCUCGUAGAUAGUUCAAGGUAGAGCCCAAACCGGAACCCAAGGUUUUUUUACUUCCAGUCUUUCGCACUUUGACCACGCCUCCCUCGUUCAGAAAUAAAGACUUUUUGUGACUGCAGCUUCAGAUCUUGCAGUCGGAGCCUCGCAAACGGAGCUCAGGUCAUGUGGGCCCAUCCUUAACUUUUUCAAGCAUAUGUUAGUUCGGAACGAAAGUCUGCACAUGAGUAGAAUGCUACUCUUACUGAUGAUUGACAACUAUUGCUUAAGACAGCAAACAUCCUGAGAGCAGCAUCUUUGUCCACUUGAGAUUUGCUAUGACUUUCAUUUCAGUUUCCCUUGCCUUUUGGUUGCUUUGGAACCUAACCUGUGCAAACCCUCCAGCCCCCACCAAUCCAGUUUCCCCUUGGAAAACAGAUGGUGACUUAGAGCCUUGGAAAGAGGGGAGUGCUAUGGCCUUCAGUCCCCUCUAAUCUGGUGCCAGAAGUCACUAUGGUCUGUGGUUACUACCGAGGGAUCAGAGUGCUAAGGGCUUGUGCUUGGGGUGGAGGUGAAGCUGUGCUUUGCUCUGUUUUCUCCCAUGUUCACGCUCUUGCCACAACACGCACAAAAUCGCAAUUUUUUGAAUUCUGCUGUGGUUCAAUUUCCUGAGAAAUGAGGAACUCUGUAUGUUCAAGUGUGGCCCCAUGGGCCACAUAUCUCUUCCCUGGCAUCUCCAUACCCCCUAAACCCCACUAGCUAAAAUGAGCGACAGGGGGUUGGCUUCAGACUCCUCACUCAAAUCUGAUCUGUAGCUCUACAAACUUUCAGUUCACAUGUUUGGGUUCAUUUCUGGUUGGAUUUGUUUUAUAAAAUCCCUUUAAGCUCUUAAGUGCUGUGAUUCUAAUGGUUUCUAUUGCUUUUUACUGAUCAUGAAGAAUGACAGCAGCAGAUACUUAGUGUUACCACAUUGGCAGGAGUGCACUUGCUGCUAUUUGUAAGCACAGAUAGACAUCUGAUCAACCUCACCAUUUCUGCAUCCUCCGUUCAUUCAAUAAGUACUUAUUGAGUAUUUCUGUGAGCCAGGUAUUGUGCUAAGCAUUUGUAACUAUUUCAUUUAUACCUUAACCCAGUGUAUAUAUAGAAUCUUAAAGGAUUAGAGCUGGACAGGACCUUAGCAUUUAACUCUACCCUGUCACUGAAUGGAAACACAAGGAAAUUGAGUUCUAGCAGGGUUGGGUGAUUUGCCCAAGGUCACAGAACUACUUAAGGGCAGAAUUGAACCCUAAGUAAUGAUGUUAUGGGAUAGAUGAGAGUUGGUAAGUCUAGUCCUUAAGGCAGGCAUUUCCUAUACAGUCAGGAAUUCCAGAGGUGGUUGAGAACAAUAUGGGAGGUGGAGAAUCUGAAAAGGAAUGUUUCUUGUUUUUGGAGACAGGAGAGAUGGCAUAUAAUUCAUGUUUAUUAAAGGUGAGGAAUGCAUCUUAUUUGCAAGUUAUUGCUAUAAAGAGUAUUUUAGCAAACAGGAGACUUUCCAUUAGCCACCAUAAGGGAAUGAACAAUGGCGUGGACAGUCUACGUCACUUGGAUUUGUUGUGAGGUAAAUUUUUUGGCUCACUCUUACAUUUGACUCUGGCUGUACACUAUUUUGAAAAAUCAUGCUUCAAGGGGUGCCUGGGUGGCUCAGUUGGCUAAGUGUCCAACUCUUCUUUUUAAAAAGUUUUUAUUAACAUUUAUUUAUUUUUGAGAGUGAGAGAGACACAGAGCGUGAGCAGGGAAGGGGCAGAGAGAGGGAGACACAGAAUCUGAAGCAGGCUCCAGGCUCAGCUGUCGGCACAGAGCCCAAUUCAGGGCUUGAACUCACGGGCCGUGAGAUCAUGACCUGAGUUGAAGUUGGACGCUUAACCGACUGAGUCACCCAGGCGCCCCACUAAGCAUCCAACUCUUGAUUUCAGCUCAGGUCAUAAGCUCAUGGUUCGUGAAUUUGAGCCCCAUGUCAGUCUCUUUGCUGACUGUGUGGAGCCUGCUUGGGGAUUCUGUCUCUCUCUCUCUCUGCCCCUCCCUCCUCAAAAUAAAUAAAUUAAACUCAAAAGGAAAAAGAAAAUUCAUGCUUCAGGUCAUAUCAUGGUUCUAACAAACAGGACUCCAACUGGGGAAGUAGGAAGGUUGAGUUUUUACUUUCUCCCUUUCUACACCGCUCCUUAAUUCUCUUAGCUCCUAGGAGGUGAUGGGAAUGGCCAGUUUCUUCAUCCUGAUGCAGAGAGUAGGUCCUUACUGAAUCAUCAUCUCUCUUUCUCUGUUAGCCUUGUCUGCUGGAUUCCUCUUUGCCUUAGGUCAUUUACAGAACUUGUAGAAGGAGGUUACAAAGUGUUUUCUUUGAAAGGCCUCUUGUGAUAAGCCAGUGUGCAAGGAGAGUACCUUGCUCCAGUUACUGAACAGAAACCAUCCCUACAGUGGAGCAGCCUCCUCCAGUUUCUGUUGGGUUUUGAGCUGCCUUUUAAAUAAGUCAGUGGAGUUGCUGAGGACACAGUAGCCCUAGGGGGAAAUCAGAUAAUUUCUUUUCUGGUAAGGGCUUUAAUCUGCAGAGUUGAUGAGACUAUCAUCAACGGAAUCCAUGACUUUAGUUCUGGACAUUACCUGGGCAGCUGACCUCCCAUGGCUAUUGGGUGAGGUAGAAAUCACAUAGAGGAGAAGAAGGCACUUGCAGAGCUCGGAAGGCUGGUUGGGUAGCUUGGGGCCAAGGGCAGCAGCUGCAGAGAAGACUUGUGAGUAUCGAAGUAGAAUUGGGCCAAGGAGACUCAUCACUGAGAGGAUAGGCUCUCUGGUCUCCAUGAGCCACAGCAGGAAGGCCCCCCUCCCACUGCCAGUGUUUCCUGCCUGUAGUGUUAUUCUGCCGUAAAAACUGAAGUUUUCUUGGCUUUUGUAUCCUUGGGGUGGGGCUGGGACUGGAAUUGGAGACAGAGCAUCUUAUGUCAUGCAGAGGGUAGCUGAGGUGUCCUGACAGAAGACAGGGACUCUCAUGCUACCAGGUUGGGUCUGGUGGCCUGUAACAUCAGCUCAGAGGAAGUAAGAAAGAGGAAUAUCUUUUGCUAAGACUCAGCACCAGGGAAGAUCUAGAUGUAGGAUCAACAUAUGAUGUACCCACUCCCCCAUUGGCCAUUCCUUGGUGAAGAGCAAUUGUUAGGAGGUGGGUCAUUGGUCUAGAGCAGGCAGGAUACCCUGAGAAUCCUCUGCUGUGGUGGCCGUGCCCACAGAGGCGUGGUGGCAGCUUUGUGCAUGUCAGCUGUGCUCCACCCAAUGGUCUGUCUACAAAGAGAACUCCAAAAAACCCUGCUUUGGCUUGGAGCUGCCUGCCUUUCCCUCAGCCUUUUACUGUGGUUGGCCCCUUACUCUAGGAGUGCAUCAUUUUGGAUUUGCUGUGCGCCCAGUGGUGUAAUGAGCCAUGCGGGGCCAGCGGAGCCUGCUGCUGGGCCCCGCCCGCCUCUGCCUGCGCCUGCUUCUGCUCCUGGGCUACAGGCGCCGCUGCCCACCUCUGCUCCGGGGCCUGGUACAGCGCUGGCGCUAUGGCAAGGUCUGCCUGCGCUCCCUGCUCUACAACUCCUUUGGUGGCAGUGACACCGCUGUCGAUGCUGCCUUUGAGCCUAUCUACUGGCUGGUGGACAACGUGAUCCGUUGGUGUGGGGUGGUGUUCGUGGUGUUGGUGAUCGUGCUGACCAGCUCCAUUGUGGCCAUCGCCUACCUGUGUGUCCUGCCUCUCAUCCUCCGAACAUACUCAGUGCCACGGCUCUGCUGGCACUUCUUCUACAGCCACUGGAAUCUGAUCCUCAUCGUCUUCCAUUACUACCAGGCCAUCACCACUCCACCUGGAUACCCACCCCAGGGUAGGAAUGAUAUCGCAACGGUCUCCAUCUGUAAGAAGUGUAUUUACCCCAAGCCAGCCCGAACACACCACUGCAGCAUCUGCAAUAGGUGUGUGCUGAAGAUGGAUCAUCACUGCCCCUGGCUAAACAACUGUGUAGGCCACUAUAACCAUCGGUACUUCUUCUCUUUCUGCUUUUUCAUGACUCUGGGCUGUGUCUACUGCAGCUACGGAAGUUGGGACCUUUUCCGGGAAGCUUAUGCUGCCAUCGAGAAAAUGAAACAGCUCGACAAGAACAAACUACAGGCGGUUGCCAACCAGACGUAUCACCAGACCCCACCACCCACCUUCUCCUUCCGAGAAAGGGUGACUCACAAGAGUCUUGUCUACCUCUGGUUCCUGUGCAGUUCUGUAGCACUUGCCUUGGGUGCCCUAACUGUAUGGCAUGCUGUUCUCAUCAGUCGAGGGGAGACUAGUAUCGAAAGGCACAUCAACAAGAAGGAGAGACGUCGGCUGCAGGCCAAGGGCAGAGUUUUCAGGAAUCAUUACAACUACGGCUGCUUGGACAACUGGAAGGUAUUCCUGGGUGUGGACACAGGAAGGCACUGGCUUACUCGGGUGCUGCUGCCUUCCAGUCACCUGCCCCAUGGGAAUGGAAUGACCUGGGACCCCCCUCCCUGGGUGACUGCUCACUCAGCCUCUGUGAUGGCAGUGUGAGCUGGGUUGUGUCUGUCACAACCUGUGUGCCACUCUGCUUCCUGCAUUGUCUCAAGGGCCUCCAAGGACAGCUUCUUGGAAUCCUUGGGCAAAAAGAAUCAGUGGGCCUGCCUUAGAGUACCAUGCAGGGACAACCCAAGGACCAAUCUGCUGGCCACUGCAGGAACCAGGCACGAUGUGGAGAAAUCCUAGGACCGAUGUCCCUUUACUCAGCUCAGGCAAACUGAAGUUCCAGCCCCAGACUGGAGAUUAGGCAGCUAGCAACCUUGCCGGGUGCUGACCCCGACCUCCUCCAGGUUCCAGCACUGGGGUUGGCCACCAUUUCUUCCACGUACUGUCUGAGAAAACACCUGAAUGGUAGAGCGGAGAUCCUGGCUCCUCAACAGGGCAAAGACACCAGGCCUACUGCUGAGGUCACUGCCACUUCUCACAUGCUGCUGAAGGUGAAAAAUAAAGGUAUUUGAUUUUUAAAGAUA